AUGUCCAUACCCCCUGCCUACGACAGCCCGAAGACGUCCCCCCUGACGUCCUCCUCCACGCCGCUCUCCGCGCACUCUCCUCCGCCUGCGUCGCCCGCCCGCGCCAUCCGCCUCUGUGUCGCCCUUCUCCUCCUCCUCGCCCUGCGCCGCCCAUCCACGCAGCUCGCCCACGCCGCGCUCCUCCUCCUCGCCCUUCUCCGCCCGUGCCUGCCGCCUCCUUCGCGCCGCGCUCCUCUACCUGUGUCACCCACCUCCUCCACAUCACCGCGUCACCGCGCUCCUCUGUGCCGCGCUCCUCCGCAUCACCUUCCUCCGCCUCCGCGCUGCCUUCUCCGCCUCGCCCUCCUGCACCCUCGUCCCUCCUCCACACAGCCCUCCUCCGUCCGCGCGCUGCCCUCCGCCCGCGCGCUGCCCUCUUCCGCCCGCGCGCUGCCCUCUUCCGCCCGCGCGCUGCCCUCUUCUGCCCGCGCGCUGCCCUCCACCUGCGUUGCCCGUCACGCGCCUCCGCCUCCGGACGUCGCCCUCCUCUUCCUCGCCCUGGCAGCCCGCCCACGCAGCUCGCCCACGCCGCCCUGCUCCGCCCGCGCCUGCCGCCUCCUUCGCGCAACCUGCCCGCCCGUAUCCCGCCUCCUCCACACCGCUCUCCACGUCGCCUGCGUCCGCCCGCGUCGCCCUCCUCCCCCUCCUCGUCCACUUCCCCGCGCAUCGCCCGCGUCUACCCGCGUCACCCUCCUCGACGUGUCGCCCUCCACAUCGCCCUCCUCCGCCUCGGCCUCCGCGUUGUCGCAGGGCUAUAGCACUACUUGCUAG